ACCCCCUCGCUCCUCCUCGCGAAGUCCGCUAGCAGGUCCUCCCCUCGCCAAUGUGACCUAGUGGCGAACAACACGGACUGGCGUAGAGACUUUCUCAACUUCCCCGCCACACGCAUGAAAACAAACGCCGACUUUUGAAUAAACCUAAACGGGACUACGUUUUCAAGGGCUGCACAUUGUUUAAGAUACAGCCAGAAAGAGUGUGAGAGAUUGGGCGAAGUUGCAGGCAAGUUGGUCUCUGUUUUGGAAUGCAGGUCGUACUUGAACUUGAGCUGCUUCGGCUACCUUCUCGACGAUGUGAACUCCGCACAACACGAGCAGGCAACGUUCGGUGUUUGGAUGCUCUUCUCACGUGUGCAGAGGAGUAGCGCUCGUUAACGGGUCUACAGAGGCGGCGGCGCCGCCGUAGGUAACGGAUCAUCAGCACCACGAGCAUGGACUACCUGAAUUCAGCCAGGUUACACGGGUCAUCUCAACCACGCAAAAUGAUGGCCGCGUUCGCUCUGCUGUUUGUUCUCGCUGUUCUUUCCCGCUGUGUUGAGGGUUCCUCUCUGCACCCCUUUGACCCGCGCUCUGGCAGCCUGACCCUGGGGAAGGGUGUGGGGGGGUGGCCCCCCCUGGGGAAGGGGGUAGGGUGGCCCCCUAGGGACACACAGUGCCACCACAUGCUAAAGCACCUGCACCACGGGGCCCGCAUCACUGUGCAGAUGCCUCCCAACAUCGAGGGUCAGUGGGUUUCCACCAGCUGUGAGGUGCGUCCAGGGCCAGAGUUUGUGACGCGCUCCUACCGCUUCUACGGCAACCACACCUUCCAGGCGCACCAGUAUUACUACGCCGACAACCACUGCACCACGCCAACGCACACACUGGUGGCGCGCGGGCGCCUGCGUCUCCGCCAGGCCUCGUGGAUCGUUCGCGGCGGCACCGAAGCCGACUACACCCUCCACAGCCUCCGCCUGCUCUGCCACACCGAUGCCGCCGCCGCGGAGAUCACACAGCGCCUCAGGCGCAGCUGCCACGGCUCGGGGGUGGUGCAGGAGCAGGAGGCGGGGCUGGAGGAGGGAGGGGUGGGUCUUGCGCUGGGUGGGCGGGGCCUGGAGGCGGGCGUGAGCUACGAGCUGUGGAAUGACGGGGAGAAGGGGUGUGACUGCCCGCGAGGACUGGACUUCGCCAUGCACGAGCUGCAGCUCAUCCGGCUGGAGAAGCAGUACCAGCACCACAACCUGGAGCAGCUGGUGGAGGAGCUCUUCCUGGGCGACAUACACACCGAGCCCUCGCAGAGGAUAUACUACAGGCCAUCCAGCUACCAGCCAGCACUGCAGAGCACUAAGACACAUGACCAGGCGUGCAUCACAUGCCGUAUAAUCUCACGGGCGGACGAGGUCCAUCCGCCCAUCCUGCCGCCGCGCGGGGACCUGAUGGUGAACCUGCACGGCCACUGGGUCUCGCAGCGCUGUGAGGUGCGACCAGAAGUGCUCUUCCUCACGCGCCACUUUAUCUUCCACGACGACAACAACACGUGGGAGGGACACUACUACCACUACUCUGACCCCGUGUGCAAACACCCAACUUUCAGCCUGUAUGCUCGGGGACGCUACAGUCGAGGCAUGACCUCCACGCGCGUCAUGGGAGGCACAGAGUUCGUCUUCAAAGUGAACCACAUGCGUGUGCUUCCUCUGGACCUGGCCACCACCUCCCUGUUGAACGUGUUCAGCGGUGACGAGUGCGGCCCUCAGGGCUCCUGGCGGCUGGGCGUGGAGCAGGACGUGACGCCCACGGGGGGCUGCGUGGCGCUGGGCGUUCGGCUGCCUCACACCGAGUACGAGCUCUUCCGGCUGGAGGAGGACACCCACGGGCGCCGGCUGCUCUUCAACGGCCAGCGGCCCAGCGACGGGUCCAGCCCCGACCGCCCGCAGCGCCGCGCCACGUCCUACCAGACUCCCAUGGUGCAGUGCAGCGGCACCGCACAUGACGGCCGUCACCACGGCAACCACGCUGAGGAAGAGGAGGGCGGACCCGACUAUGGAGGCAGGGAGGGUAGGGAGGGGGGUGCGGAGGGACGGCACGGGGGAGCAGACCACCGCAGACGAGGCACACAGCCCAGGAGUGGUGGGGUGGAGGGGCGUCGGCGUGGCGAUGUGGAGGUGGUCGCCCUGGCUACUGCACUGGUGCUGUUGGGUGUGGGCGUCCUGGGUUGAGGGGUGAGAGCGGAGACAGAGAACUGAAAAGGGUGAUGGAGGAGAGGAGAGGAGAGGUAGAUACAGAGAGGAGUGGACAUGAUGCAGCCUCCCUCAAAAACAAACAUACACAUACACACACACACACACACACACACACACCUGAAUCUAUGCUCUUGACCAGAGACAUGACAUGAAAUGGCUUUUCCUAUGUGCCUUAUGUCAGCCUUGUUUUGAAUUUACUUGUGAAGUUUUGCUUUGCCACUUUUGUGUGGUCCUGAAGCUGGAAGCUGGACACCAAAGCGAGACGCGUCUGCCCAUCCCCUCCUUCCCCUCUCUCUGAAGGUCGCUCCGACAGCAGCCUACGCUGGUGCAGUUCUGGCCCAGAUUUGGCCCAGGGCCACAGCAUCAGUCAGCCGCUCCCUAACCUCUCAGCUGCACACAGCGACUGCACUUUACCUGAGCGCACCUGCAGAGCGUGUCCUCCCUCCCUCCCUCACACACCUGGAACCUGGACUCAGACGCACCAAGAACUCUUUGAUUUUGAUGAAUUGGUUCUCAUUAUGGAGUGGCAUUUUAGAGGCUAAAUUAGUUUUAGCUGUUUAAAAGUAUCUGAAAAGCUAAAUGAGUUUUAGCUGUUUAAAGGUAUCUGAAAAGCUAAAUGAGUUAGCUGGUUUAAAGCAUCUGAAAAGCUAAAUGAGCUUUAGCUGGUUAAAAGCAUCUGGAAAGCUAAAUGAGUGUUAGCUGGUUAAAAGCAUCUGAAAAGCUAAAUGAGUUUUGCUAAAGAGGUUUCAGGGGAUUGAGGGGCUUCCUGAUGCUCUUAAAUUGGACCCUCAUCCUCAUUGGCUGUAAUUGCACCAUGGUUCCCUAAAUGUACAUACAUCUAUGCAGUGGGGUAGUGAACAAAUGGACCAUUACAGUGCUAUGGCAAUAAAACAUAUCAGUUAAACCAUCACCAUAUGCAACUCACUAUACCCAAGUGUUCUCACACACCCGCACCAACCUCCACCUGUUUACUGUAAAUGGCACAAACGUGUUCAACAACUCGCUGUGAGUUCAUACAUUUUUUUCUCUUUUUGGUGACACUGUCUAGUGACACAGGUAUACUCUACUCUGGUGUGUGUUUGGACGAUGCAAACACGCGUGGAAGCGUCGAGCAGAGGACUGGCCAGUGAUGUGGUGGUACGUCACUGUGGCAUAUGGUUGUAAGACAUAUGUAAAGGGUCUGUGCGAGUGCGUACUGGAGUGUAUUAAGUAUACUGAUCUACGCUGAGUUCUCAUGGUGAAGGUGUGUGUAUUCUCUGCAGGCUGACAUGCCUCUGGUGUUGAAAUGGUGUGUGUGUGUGUGUGUGUGUGUGUGUGUGUGUGUGUGUGUGUGUGUGUGGUGUGUAGAUAGGUUCUCAGAUUCAGAUGGUGGGGGACACUUUAUGCCAAACUGUAGCUGUAUAAUGGUAGAUCCGAGGGUUACACGUGACACACACACACACACCUCUGUUACAGGAAGACCAAAGUUGUGUAUGUCAGCGAUUUGAUACAUUCUUUUCUAUUCUCAAGUACAUACACACACACACACAGAUGAAAGAUGUGAGGCACCUGGGUCACAGGUGUGAACUUUGUGCUAACACAGACACACACACCUCAUAGGUGGAACAUUAUAACGCAUAACUGGAUUCUUAACCAUGUACAACAUUAAACAUUUGACACUGUU